AUGUCGUCAAUUGAGCUGACUGCUCGCGAGAGCCCAAAUAUCUCUCACUCUGAGUAUGACGAGACCGAGAGCACACAAGGCCAAGCCCGAGUAGAGCACCAAUUGGCGCCUACUGAUCGAGGACCAGCAGCAUGGCGAUUACUCUGUAUUGCAUUCGUCUUUGAGGCCUUACUUUGGGGGCUGCCGCUAUCAUUCGGUGUAUUCCAGAAUUACUACUCCAAACAAUCUGAAUUCGCAGGGAAUCGCUACAUCGCCGUCGUGGGAACCGUCGCAUCAGGAAUAUCGUACCUCGGCGCACCAUUCGUCAUCCCCCUGAUCAAGCGAUACCAGCGCUACCAACGAGCCAUGAUAUAUUUCGGCUGGGCUCUCUGUAUUGUCGGCAUCGUCCUCGCGUCAUUCUGUUCCACCGUCGAAACCCUCAUCCUCACCCAAGGCGUAGCAUAUGGCGUCGGCUUCCUCAUCUUCUACUACCCCAUUCUCAGCAUGGUCAACGAAUACUGGAUCACCCGUCGCGGAAUGGCAUACGGUCUCCUGUGCAGCUCGUCCGGUGCCUCCGGCGCAGUCAUGCCCUUCCUCAUCCAGCUCCUCCUCGAUCGAUACGGCUACCGCACCACUCUCCGCAUCAUCGCCGUCUCGCUCUUCGUCCUCACAGGCCCUCUCAUCCCGUUCCUCGGCGGCCGUCUUCCACACUCUGCUCAAACUGCAUCAUCGCGACCGAAUUGGACGUUUCUGCGUAACCCCCUCUUCUGGAUAUACUCCGUGUCCAACGUCGCCCAAGGUCUAGGCUAUUUCUUCCCGUCUCUCUACCUGCCCUCAUACGUAACCAGCCUUGGUCUCAACAGCAAACUCGGUCCUCUCCUCCUCGCCGUGAUGAGUGUUUCCCAAGUGCUGGGCCAAUUCACCUUUGGCGUGCUCUCCGAUCGCAAUCUUCCCCUGGGAAUGCUCACCUCUGUUUCGACCGUUACAGCCGGUGUGGCCGCACUCACUUUGUGGGGGUUUGCCACCUCGUUGCCGCUGCUGGUGGUGUUUGCGUUGAUAUACGGCUUUUUUGCGGCCGGCUAUACGGCCAUGUGGGCGAGGAUGAGCACAGCUGUGACCAGCGAUGCAAUUACGAUGCCUCUUGUUUUCGGGCUGUUUAAUUUUGGAAAGGGCAUUGGGAACGUACUCGCUGGGCCGAUUAGCUCCAAUUUGUUGUUUCGGGGGACCUCGUUGGGGAGUUACGGCGCGGAUAAGUAUAUGCCGUUGAUUGUGUUUACGGGCUGCAGCAUGAUUUUCGGAUCUCUGACUUUGGGAUUACGGCAUUUGAAGUUGUUGAAGAUUUGGUGA